AUGUGCCGCAUGGUCAUAUUCUCGGGCAAUUGCAUCCGCUGUGGCCAGUACUACACCAUCCCCGAGCUCGAGCAGAGCGUGUCGUGUCUCGAGGCCAAGAACAAUGGCGGCUUCGGCGACUGCAGGAGAGGCGUCAACAUGGACCAGCACGACCCGGCCCUCGAGUGCGCCUCGUGUAGCUACGCAAUGAGCCUUGCCGACGACCAGCAGCCCUACAACGAAGACCUCCUGAUCCCAGCCUGCAGCGCCGCCGGCUCAGGUGGGAGCGCCGCCAGCUCGGGCAGCGGCUCUCACUCGAGCAGCAAAGGCUCCAGCCACUAUUCCAGGCAUGACGCCAGCAAGAGGAGGAAGGUUCGAUGA